CACCAGCACCAGCACCAGCACCACCACCAGCACCACCACCACCACCACCACCCACCCACCCACCACGGGGCACCACGGAGUAUCACGGAGCACCACGGAGCACCACGGAGCACACCUCGCCAUUCCUCCCGUCCGGCCUCUCGACUGCGAGCCCACCACUCUCCCCCCGUUCUGAAUGCGCCCGCUGCACUCGCGCAGGUAGACAGCAGCGCAUUGCAGCAGAGCCAUGAGCCACCUGAACGGCACCGCCGAGCAUGCCUCGGAGCUGAAGCAGCAGGGCGCCCUCGAAGCAGCCCGGGACCCCAGUUCGGGCGUCACAGCCGAGGCAGCAGAGCAGAGCGUCGUGGACCAGGCGCGCCAGGGCGGCAGCGCGGCCUUCCAGUUUGACCCAGACGCCAGCCCCGAGCAGAAGCGCGCCCAAGCUCGAGCACGAGUCCCGCCUGGGUUCCACCACGAGCGCAACCCCAAUGCGACCGCCCUGGUCUCAGACGCCGACGAUGCUGCAGCAGGCGCGCCGAAGUACGACCUCCCUCCGCCUACCAAAGCCGGCGCUGUAGAUCCGCCCUCGUCACCCACUGCCAACGGCCAUGCGCCUGAGGUGGAUGAAGAUGCUCGCUGGGAACGCGUAGGCUGGGCUCCGCGCUUCGGCAUGCCUGGCUCAGAGAACAAGGAGCAGGAGGAGGAGGGCACGCUGCUCGACCACCAGACAUACCUCGAGGGCCAGCUCGACGACAAGUUCUUCGGUGACUGGUACCACAACACAGGCGUCAUCAUCUUCGCCUGUCUGAGCUCGUGGGUCGUGGCUACACUCGGCGGAGGUCUAGGCUGGGUCAUGAUCAUCAUGGCUAUCUGCGGCACCUACUACCGCACUUCGAUUCGCCGCGUGCGCAGGAAUGCCCGUGACGAUCUCAAUCGCGAGAUGGCGAAGAACAAGCUCGAGACCGACACGGAGAGUCUGGAGUGGAUCAACAGCUUCCUCGUCAAGUUCUGGCCCAUCUACGCGCCCGUUCUCUGCGACACGAUUGUUGGUUCGGUCGACCAGGUCCUGUCGACUUCCACACCAGCCUUCUUGGACAGCUUGAAGAUGAAGACCUUCGUCCUGGGUACCAAGCCGCCCCGCUUGGAGCACGUCAAGACCUAUCCCAAGACUCAGGAUGAUAUCGUGCUCAUGGACUGGAAGUUCAGCUUCACACCCAACGACACCAUGGACCUCACUGCGCGACAGGUCAAGAACAAGAUCAAUCCCAAGAUCGUGCUCGAGAUUCGUAUUGGAAAGGGUCUUGUCAGCAAGGGUCUGGACGUUAUUGUGGAGGAUAUGGCUUUCUCUGGGCUGAUGCGCCUGAAGUUCAAGCUGCAACUUCCGUUCCCCCACAUCGAGAAGGUCGAGAUGUCCUUCUUGGAGCGGCCCACUAUCGACUACGUCUGCAAGCCUCUAGGUGGCGAGACAUUCGGAUUCGAUAUCAAUUUCAUUCCCGGUCUGGAGAGCUUCAUCAUGGAACAGAUUCACGCCAACCUCGGUCCUAUGAUGUACGAUCCGAAUGUGUUCCCCAUCGAGAUUGCCAAGAUGCUUGCAGGAAACCCAGUCGACCAGGCGAUCGGUGUGUUGCAAAUCACCUUUCACGGAGCACAGGGUCUCAAGAACCCCGACAAGUUUUCUGGUACACCGGAUCCAUACGCGACUGUCUCGAUCAACAACAGGAAUGUGCUUGCACGUACGAAGACCGUGCAUGAGAACGCCAACCCUCGCUGGAAUGAGACCGUGAACAUCAUCGUCACCUCGCUGAAGGACGCGUUGACUAUCAACCUGUUUGACUAUAACGAUAUUCGCAAGGACAAGGAGCUCGGAACUGCCACGUUCGCCCUCGAUCAGCUUGAGACAGACUCCGAUCACGAGAACUUGCAGCUGGAAAUCAUGUCUGGUGGCCGACCGCGUGGUAUCCUGCAAGCUGACGUCCGCUUCUUCCCGGUUCUUGAGGGCACCACGCUGCAAGACGGCACCAAGGAGCCCCCACCAGAGUCUCGCACGGGUAUCAUUAAAUUUACUGUUGAGCAGGCCAAGGAUCUCGAUGGCACCAAGAGCAUGAUCGGUCAGCUCAGCCCGUACGCUAUACUGCUGCUUAAUGGACGCGAGGUUCACAAGUCAAGGACUAUGAAGCGCACAAAUAUCCCUAUCUGGCCUGAUGCGACCAAGGAGAUGCUCAUUACGGACCGCAGGAAGGCCAAACUUGGCUUAGUGAUCAAGGAUGAUCGCGAUCUAGCUGCGGAUCCCAUCCUCGGAACCUACCAGAUUACCAUCGAUGACAUGCUCGAGCUGACAGCCAAGGGUCAUGAAUGGUACAAUCUAGCUGGCGCUCAGACUGGUCGCGCGAAGAUGAAGCUCGAGUGGAAGCCUGUUGCGCUCAAGGGCUCCUUGUCAUCUGGCGGCUACCUCACACCCAUUGGUGUUAUGAGAUUCCACUUCCAGAGUGCUCGCGACCUAAGAAAUCUAGAGACUAUGGGCAAGUCGGAUCCAUACGUCCGCGUCUUGCUAUCUGGAGUCGAGAAGGGCCGGACUGUUACCUUCAAGAACAACCUGAACCCCGAUUGGGACGAAGUCGUCUACGUACCCAUUCAUACCGUCCGUGAGAGGUUGACUCUGGAGGUUCUGGACGAGGAGAAGCUGGGUAAGGACCGCUCUUUGGGACAUGUCGAGCUGUCUGUUGGCGACUACGUUCAGCAGGACGAGAACGGCGAGUACCUUGUCAAUGAGCAGAAACAGAUCACCCCUGGUCCACUACGCAUGUCGGGUACUUCAGCUCACAAGGGCACACUGAACUACACAUGUUCCUUCUACCCAACUAUUCCCACCUGGGAUCCCGAGGAGGACGAAGAAGAGUCCGAAGAAACAACGCCCAACGGCGUCUCCCGCACGGGUAGCAUCCGUACGACAGGGUCUAAAGCACCGGCUUCGACUCAUGCGCGCACUGUGUCUGGCACGAGUCAACUCGUUAGGUCCGAGACCGCAGGCACCAUCUCCUCUCUGGCGCCCAGCAGCUCCAACAGAGACAGUGCGGCCGAUCUUGCCAAACAGCUCGAGAAGAACGAGCACCAGCAAGACGAGCCGAUUCCCGAGAAGCCCAAGAUCGAGAAGCUGCGCCUCAAUGCCGAGGAUUUGCAGCAGUAUGAAUCUGGUCUUCUCGUGUUCAAGCUCAUUGGCGGCGAGUUCGCUGAGACGGGCGGAUACGUUGAUGUCCUUAUGGAUGACAUGGCAUAUCCAAGUUACUCCAGCGCCAAAAUCAAGAGCCGCCAUAUGACUUUUGGCGAAGUGGGUGACACCAUGGUCCGCGAGCUUGACUUCUCCAAGAUAACUCUGCGUAUCAUUGAACACAUUGACAAGGACGGCGAUGGAGACGACGACCACGUCAUUGCUAAGCUUACAGGCAACACCAUCGACACAUUGCGAAGGUGUUUGUACACACCCACUCAGCUUACUCUGAAGGACAAGCACGGCAGGGAGAGCAAGAUCACCGUCAGUCUCAAAUAUCUCCCUGUCAAGAUGCGCCUGGAUCCCAGCGAAUCGUUCAACAACCAAGGCACACUUCGCGUCGACGUCCUCGAUGCAGCUGACCUGCCAGCCGCUGAUCGCAAUGGUUUCUCGGACCCUUACUGUAAAUUCGUUCUGAACGACAAAGAGGUCUACAAGACGAAAACACAGAAGAAGACCUUACAUCCAGCGUGGAACGAGUACUUCGAGGUCCCCGUACGGAGUCGGACGGCAGCAGAUUUCGUCGUCAAUGUGUACGACUGGGAUUUCGGCGACAAGGCCGACUUCCUUGGCAAGUCUGCUAUCAAUCUCGAGAUUUUGGAGCCGUUCCAGCAACAAGAAGUCACUCUUGGCUUGGACGGCAAGAGCGGUGCGAUUAGGCUUAGAAUGCUUUUCAAACCCGACUACGUCGUUCGCUCACGCCAGGGCUCAUCCACCUUCUCAGGCACAUUCGCUGUACCCGGUAAAGUCAUUGGAGCCCCCGUCAAGGGCGUCGGGAAGGGCGCUGCCUUUGUUGGUGGCAACGUGGUCCGCGCAGGAACGUUCCUCGGUCGCGGUUUCAAGCGCAGAAAAUCCCGCGGCGCCAACGGUGAAGAGGACUUUGAGUACCCAGACUCAGCAGACAGACCUAGCAUAGACGUCCCCCUCGUCUCCGUCGAGGGCGGAAACUCGACUUCUAUUUCUGCAGAGCCUACAACUCCCAACCGUAACACAUCAGAACACAACCGCCACCGCAGCUGGGGCGCGCAAUCCUUCGCUAGUAGGAAAGGCGACGCCUCCGCCCCCGGCGCCGGUGAGCAGGGCACAGCCAACAUCCAGAUCCUCUCCGCAGACGGCUUCCCGCCCGGCACAAAUCUCCGCGUCUUUGUCCACCUCGGCAAGAAGGACGUGCACAAGACCGACCACAUCAAGACGGCUACCGGCUCCGUCGAGUUCUCAGACGAGUCUUUCAAAGUCUCCUGCACAGCCGACCAGUUCUUCAGAGUCACUGUCAAAGACCACGCCACGUUCGGCCGCGACGACGAGCUCGGCGAAGCCCAAUUCACUAUCGAUGACUCAGGCGCGGGUGGUGAAAAGAAUGUCGGCGUGGGUAAAGGUAGGGUUGUUAUUCGCAGCUCUUUCGUGCUCGCCGAUGCGGUUAGUCAUGUCGGGAGUGUGAGUCCGAGGGUGCAGAAGGAGAGGAGGGGGUUGUUGAGUAGAGGGAAGGAGAGGAGUCCUGCGCCACCCGGCGCUUAGAAAGCUCAAACGAAGCUUCAGAGGCGGAGACGCAAACACAACGGUUGUUCGGCUUGCUGUGAUAGCGAGGCCAGUUCAGGGUCUAUGGUCAGUGUGUAUGAAGAGGUGCUAAGAGGACGAACGACGACACGGUA